AUGGCGUCUGAGCUGCAGGAUGCGAUCUGGAUGGCUAAACAGGAGCGUCACAAGAACCUGUUCCUCAACUACAGGUGUGUGGUUUAUUAACACAUGUUCCUAUCCAUUAAAGGAAAGGUCAGUUAUAUUAUAGCCUGGAGUGCUAGCCUUAAUUCAACCUGUUCCUCAACUACAGGUGUGUGGUUUAUUAACACAUGUUCCUAUCCAUUAAAGGAAAGGUCAGUUAUAUUAUAGCCUGGAGUGCUAGCCUUAAUUCAACCUGUUCCUCAACUACAGGUGUGUGGUUUAUUAACACAUGUUCCUAUCCAUUAAAGGAAAGGUCAGUUAUAUUAUAGCCUGGAGUGCUAGCCUUAAUUCAACCUGUUCCUCAACUACAGGAACCUGAACCACUUCCCUGUAGAGCUGCUGAAGGAUGAAGGUCUACAGUUCCUACAGAGGCUCUACAUGAAGAGGAACUCUCUCACCACGCUGGUACUGACCGGUCCAGCCUGUUACACGCUGGUACUGACCGGUGGGGUCUCUGGUCCAGCCUGUUACACGCUGGUACUGACCGGUGGGGUCUCUGGUCCAGCCUGUUACACGCUGGUACUGACCGGUCCAGCCUGUUACACGCUGGUACUGACCGGUCCAGCCUGUUACACGCUGGUACUGACCGGUCCAGCCUGUUACACGCUGGUGCUGACCGGUCCAGCCUGUUACACGCUGGUGCUGACCGGUCCAGCCUGUUACACGCUGGUGCUGACCGGUCCUUGCCUGUUACACGCUGGUACUGACCGGUCCAGCCUGUUACACGCUGGUACUGACCGGUCCAGCCUGUUACACGCUGGUACUGACCGGUCCAGCCUGUUACACGCUGGUACUGACCGGUCCAGCCUGUUACACGCUGGUACUGACCGGCGGGGUCUCUGGUCCAGCCUGUUACACGCUGGUACUGACCGGUCCAGCCUGUUACACGCUGGUACUGACCGGUCCAGCCUGUUACACGCUGGUACUGACCGGUCCAGCCUGUUACACGCUGGUACUGACCGGUCCAGCCUGUUACACGCUGGGACUGACCGGUCCAGCCUGUUACACGCUGGGACUGACCGGUGGGGUCUCUGGUCCAGGCUGUUACACGCUGGUACUGACCGGUGGGGUCUCUAGUCCAGGCUGUUACACGCUGGUACUGACCGGCGGGGUCUCUGGUCCAGCCUGUUACACGCUGGUACUGACCGGUGGGGUCUCUGGUCCAGCCUGUUACACGCUGGUACUGACCGGUGGGGUCUCUGGUCCAGCCUGUUACACGCUGGUACUGACCGGUCCAGCCUGUUACACGCUGGUACUGACCGGUGGGGUCUCUGGUCCAGGCUGUUACACGCUGGUACUGACCGGUCCAGCCUGUUACACGCUGGUACUGACCGGUGGGGUCUCUGGUCCAGGCUGUUACACGUUGCUUGCUGACACUGAGCCUUUCAAGACGCACGUAACACCUUGGAUCAGAGCUAGGUGUCUGUCCGGCGUAGUUUAGAUCCAGUAUUUAUGUGUGGUAGCUCUCAUUCUGUAGCCUGGCUCUGAGCUCUUAGGGAUGUAGUCCGGUUUCUAUCAACGGCAGGUCAUUCAUAUCGGUGGCAUGACAAUGAACGAACACAGAGAUGAGUUUGCUGAUUUUACAGAUUAGUUGCAUUGUGGUCUGUGUUCUAAAAACAUGCUUUCUCUCCUUUCUGCAGCCGGAUAAUCUUGCACAGAAGCUCCCCAACUUAAUAGAGCUGUAAGUAUAGAAGCUCCCCAACUCAAUAGAGCUGUAAGUAUAGAAGCUCCCCAACUCAAUAGAGCUGUAAGUAUAGAAGCUCACCAACUCAAUAGAGCUGUAAGUAUAGAAGCUCCCCAACUCAAUAGAGCUGUAAGUAUAGAAGCUCCCCAACUCAAUAGAGCUGUAAGUAUAGAAGCUCCCCAACUAAUAGAGCUGUAAGUAUAGAAGCUCCCCAACUCAAUAGAGCUGUAAGUAUAGAAGCUCCCCAACUUAAUAGAGCUGUAAGUAUAGAAGCUCCCCAACUCAAUAGAGCUGUAAGUAUAGAAGCUCCCCAACUCAAUAGAGCUGUAAGUAUAGAAGCUCCCCAACUCAAUAGAGCUGUAAGUAUAGAAGCUCCCCAACUCAAUAGAGCUGUAAGUAUAGAAGCUCCCCAACUCAAUAGAGCUGUAAGUAUAGAAGCUCCCCAACUCAAUAGAGCUGUAAGUAUAGAAGCUCCCCAACUCAAUAGAGCUGUAAGUAUAGAAGCUCCCCAACUCAAUAGAGCUGUAAGUAUAGAAGCUCCCCAUCUCAAUAGAGCUGUAAGUAUAGAAGCUCCCCAACUCAAUAGAGCUGUAAGUAUAGAAGCUCCCCAACUCAAUAGAGCUGUAAGUAUAGAAGCUCCCCAACUCAAUAGAGCUGUAAGUAUAGAAGCUCCCCAACUCAAUAGAGCUGUAAGUAUAGAAGCUCCCCAACUCAAUAGAGCUGUAAGUAUAGAAAGGUAUUAGAAAAGCAUAUUUUCUUGCUGUAGGAAAUACAUCGGGCAGGAAUGCAUAGGAACUGUGGGACCAGCUGUUUUUAUUCAUCCACUAGAUGGCGCUAGUUUUUAUUCAUCCACUAGAUGGCGCUACAGUUACAGAUGCAUUGUAUUUGGGGAAAGUAAUCAAAUCAAUGGUGUUGUAUUCUUUCACAUGUUGGUGUUUUUUACUUGUUUUCAGUCUUUAAAAGUGUCGUUGCUCUUUGUCUUCAAGGUAUCUGCAUUCCAACAAUAUAACCAGCGUUCCCCAAGGUGAUUUCUCAUUGAUAUUCAGUCAUUUACAGGAGGCCAAUACUAUUAUACUGAGUUACUUCCAUGGCCAAUACUAUUAUACUGAGUUACUUCCAUGGCCAAUACUAUUAUACUGAGUUACUUCCAUGGCCAAUACUAUUAUACUGAGUUACUUCCAUGGCCAAUACUAUUAUACUGAGUUACUUCCAUGGCCAAUCACUAUUAUUACUGAGUUACGUCCAUGGCCAAUACUAUUAUACGAGUUACUUCAUGGCCAAUUACUAUACUGAGUGGACUACUUCCAUGGCCAAUACUAUUAUAACUGAUUUUCCCAUCUAUUACUGAUUUACUUCCAUGGCCAAUAUCUAUUAUCUGAUUACUGAGCUACUUCCAUGGCCAAUACUAUUAUACUGGAUUACUUCCAUGGCCCAAUACUAUUAUACUGAGUUCUACUUCCAUGGCCAAUACUAUUAUACUGAGUUACUUCCAUGGCCAAUACUAUUAUACUGAGUUACUUCCAUGGCCAAUACUAUUAUACUGAGUUACUUCCAUGUAACACCGUGUCAGUACUACAUAGAGCCAUGACUACAUGGAACUCUAUUCCACAUCAAGGAACUGAUGCAAGCAGUAGAAUAGGAUUUUUAUAUAAAUCCACCUUAUGGAACAGUGGGGACUGUGAAGCAACACAAACAUAGCCACAGACACAUGCAUACACACACACAAUAACAGAUGCACCAUACACACACGUACACAUGGAUUUAGUGAUGUAGAUAUGUGGUAGUAGAGUAGAUGCCUGAGGGCACACACUUAAUGUGUUGUGAAAUGUGUUGUGAAUGUAUUGUAAUGUUUUUAAAAUUGUAUAAACUGCCUUAAUUUUGCUGGACCCCAGGAAGAGUAGCUGCUGCCUUGGCAGGAACUAAUGGGGAUCCAUAAUAAAUCCAAAUACAGGGAUCCCAAUCACAGUGUUGUCAUUUGAAAGUUUACACAGUAAACAAGCAGUUGUAUUGAAUCCAAAUAUCGUGAGUGUAUAAUGUUUUCUGAGUAGCUGAUAACCGGUUAACAUUGAGGAGGUUCUAACUUAAAGGUGAUGUUUACACUGCCUCAGCUAUCGGUAACCUGUCCUCAGCUAUCGGUAACCUGUCCUCCGCUAUCGGUAACCUGUCCUCAGCUAUAGGUAACCUGACCCGGCUGCAGUCUUUAGACCUGAGUGACAACGCUCUGCAAGUCAUCUGUCCAGAGAUCGGCAGGCUGAGGUCCCUACGACACCUGAGACUGGCCAACAACCAGCUGAAAUACCUGCCUCCAGGUAAGACUGGCCAACAACCAGCUGAAAUACCUGCCUCCAGGUAAGACUGGCCAACAACCAGCUGAAAUACCUGCCUCCAUGUAAGACUGGCCAACAACCAGCUGAAAUACCUGCCUCCAGGUAAGACUGGCCAACAACCAGCUGAAAUACCUGCCUCCAGGUAAGACUGGCCAACAACCAGCUGAAAUACCUGCCUCCAGGUAAGACUGGCCAACAACCAGCUGAAAUACCUGCCUCCAGGUAAGACUGGCCAACAACCAGCUGAAAUACCUGCCUCCAGGUAAGACUGGCCAACAACCAGCUGAAAUACCUGCCUCCAGGUAAGACUGGCCAACAACCAGCUGAAAUACCUACCUCCAGGUAAGACUGGCCAACAACCAGCUGAAAUACCUGCCUCCAGGUAAGACUGGCCAACAACCAGCUGAAAUACCUGCCUCCAGGUAAGACUGGCCAACAACCAGCUGAAAUACCUGCCUCCAGGUAAGACUGGCCAACAACCAGCUGAAAUACCUGCCUCCAGGUAAGACUGGCCAACAACCAGCUGAAAUACCUGCCUCCAGGUAAGACUGGCCAACAACCAGCUGAAAUACCUGCCUCCAGGUAAGACUGGCCAACAACCAGCUGAAAUACCUGCCUCCAGGUAAGACUGGCCAACAACCAGCUGAAAUACCUGCCUCCAGGUAAGACUGGCCAACAACCAGCUGAAAUACCUGCCUCCAGGUAAGACUGGCCAACAACCAGCUGAAAUACCUGCCUCCAGGUAAGACUGGCCAACAACCAACUUAAAUACCUGCCUCCAGGUAAGACUGGCCAACAACCAGCUGAAAUACCUGCCUCCAGGUAAGACUGGCCAACAACCAGCUGAAAUACCUACCUCCAGGUAAGACUGGCCAACAACCAGCUGAAAUACCUGCCUCCAGGUAAGACUGGCCAACAAACCAUCUGAAAUACCUGCCUCCAGGUAAGACUGGCCAACAACCAGCUGAAAUACCUGCCUCCAGGUAAGACUGGCCAACAACCAGCUGAAAUACCUGCCUCCAGGUAAGACUGGCCAACAACCAACUGAAAUACCUGCCUCCAGGUAAGACUGGCCAACAACCAGCUGAAAUACCUGCCUCCAGGUAAGACUGGCCAACAACCAGCUGAAAUACCUGCCUCCAGGUAAGACUGGCCAACAACCAGCUGAAAUACCUACCUCCAGGUAAGACUGGCCAACAACCAGCUGAAAUACCUGCCUCCAGGUAAGACUGGCCAACAACCAGCUGGAAUACCUGCCUCCAGGUAAGACUGGCCAACAACCAGCUGAAAUACCUGCCUCCAGGUAAGACUGGCCAACAACCAGCUGAAAUACCUGCCUCCAGGUAAGACUGGCCAACAACCAGCUGAAAUACCUGCCUCCAGGUAAGACUGGCCAACAACCAGCUGAAAUACCUGCCUCCAGGUAAGACUGGCCAACAACCAGCUGAAAUACCUGCCUCCAGGUAAGACUGGCCAACAACCAGCUGAAAUACCUGCCUCCAGGUAAGACUGGCCAACAACCAGCUGAAAUACCUGCCUCCAGGUAAGACUGGCCAACAACCAGCUGAAAUACCUGCCUCCAGGUAAGACUGGCCAACAACCAGCUGAAAUACCUGCCUCCAGGUAAGACUGGCCAACAACCAGCUGAAAUACCUGCCUCCAGGUAAGACUGGCCAACAACCAGCUGAAAUACCUGCCUCCAGGUAAGACUGGCCAACAACCAACUUAAAUACCUGCCUCCAGGUAAGACUGGCCAACAACCAGCUGAAAUACCUGCCUCCAGGUAAGACUGGCCAACAACCAGCUGAAAUACCUACCUCCAGGUAAGACUGGCCAACAACCAGCUGAAAUACCUGCCUCCAGGUAAGACUGGCCAACAACCAGCUGAAAUACCUGCCUCCAGGUAAGACUGGCCAACAACCAGCUGAAAUACCUGCCUCCAGGUAAGACUGGCCAACAACCAGCUGAAAUACCUGCCUCCAGGUAAGACUGGCCAACAACCAGCUGAAAUACCUACCUCCAGGUAAGACUGGCCAACAACCAGCUGAAAUACCUGCCUCCAGGUAAGACUGGCCAACAACCAGCUGAAAUACCUGCCUCCAGGUAAGACUGGCCAACAACCAGCUGAAAUACCUGCCUCCAGGUAAGACUGGCCAACAACCAGCUGAAAUACCUGCCUCCAGGUAAGACUGGACAACAACCAGCUGAAAUACCUACCUCCAGGUAAGACUGGACAACAACCAACUGUUCAGCAGUCUUAUGGCUUGGGGGUAGAAGCUGUUAAGGAGCCUUUUGGACCUAGACUUGGUGCUCCGGUACCGCUUGCCGGGCGGUAGCAGAGAGAACAGUCUAUGACUCGGGUGGUUGGAGUCUUUGACCAUUUUUAAUAUGGCGCCAUACUGGAGCAAGUUAGGGUUUAAGAAGCAUCUGACAAAUAAAAUGUGAUUUGAUUUAACGUUGGACCAGAGCUGGCUGGCUGCAAACUGGUGUGCAGAGCAGCACCAACAUUAAAUUACAAACACUUCUUACCUUUUUGAAUUUAAUAAAUCCAAUGUGAAACAUAACUAUAGUAUCCUUAACUAGCAUUAACCCAUUCUCUCAUUAAACAUCUCUCUCCCUAAUUUCUGAAUCACACUUGUAACGUCAGGAGGCUACAGUAGCCUAUGUUUCGGAGGGGCAGGUAGCUGGCACACACUGGGAAAGGAUUCCACUGGCAGGUAGCUGACACACACUGGGAAAGGAUUCCACUGGCAGGUAGCUGGCACACACUGGUAAAGGAUUCCACUGGCAGGUAGACACUGGUAAAGGAUUCCACUGGCAGGUAGCUGGACACACACUGGUAAAGGAUUCCACUGGCAGGUAGCUGGCACACACUGGGAAAGGAUUCCACUGGCAGGUAGCUGGACACACUGGGAAAGGAUUCCACUGGCAGGUAAACGGUAAAGGAUUCCACUGGCAGGUAGGACACACUGGUAAAGGAUUCCACUGGCAGGUAGUGACACACUGGUAAAGGAUUCCACUGGCAGGUAGCUGACACACACUGGUAAAGGAUUCCACUGGCAGGUAGCUGGACACACACUGGUAAAGGAUUCCACUGGCAGGUAGCUGACACACACUGGUAAAGGAUUCCACUGGCAGGUAGCUGACACACACUGGUAAAGGAUUCCACUGGCAGGUAGCUGACACACACUGGUAAAGGAUUCCACUGGCAGGUAGACACUGGUAAAGGAUUCCACUGGCAGGUAGACACUGGUAAAGGAUUCCACUGGCAGGUAGACACUGGUAAAGGAUUCCACUGGCAGGUAGCUGACACACACUGGUAAAGGAUUCCACUGGCAGGUAGCUGGCACACACUGGGAAAGGAUUCCACUGGCAGGUAGCUGGCACACACUGGUAAAGGAUUCCACUGGCAGGUAGCUGCACACACUGGUAAAGGAUUCCACUGGCAGGUCGCUGACACACACUGGUAAAGGAUUCCACUGGCAGGUAGACACUGGUAAAGGAUUCCACUGGCAGGUAGACACUGGUAAAGGAUUCCACUGGCAGGUAGACACUGGUAAAGGAUUCCACUGGCAGUAGCUGACACACACUGGUAAAGGAUUCCACUGGCAGGUACGGCACACACUGGAAAAGGGAUUUCCCCUGGCACAACUGGGAAAGGAUUCCACUGGCAGGUAGCUGGCACACACUGGUAAAGGAUUCCACUGGCAGGUAGCUGACACACACUGGUAAGGAUUCCACUGGCAGGUAGCUGACACACACUGGUAAAGGAUUCCACUGGCAGGUAGCUGACACACACUGGUAAAGGAUUCCACUGGCAGGUAGCUGACGCACACUGGUAAAGGAGUUCCACUGGCAGGUAGAACCUGGUAAGGAUUCCACUGGCAGGUAGACACUGGUAACAGGAUUCCACUGGCAGGUACUGGAACACUGGUAAAGGAUUCCACUGGCAGGUAGCUGACACACACUGGUAAAGGAUUCCACUGGCAGGUAGCUGACACACACUGGUAAAGGAUUCCACUGGCAGGUAGCUGACACACACUGGUAAAGGAUUCCACUGGCAGGUAGACACUGGUAAAGGAUUCCACUGGCAGGUAGACACUGGUAAAGGAUUCCACUGGCAGGUAGACACUGGUAAAGGAUUCCACUGGCAGGUAGACACUGGUAAAGGAUUCCACUGGCAGGUAGCUGACACACACUGGUAAAGGAUUCCACUGGCAGGUAGCUGACACACACUGGUAAAGGAUUCCACUGGCAGGUAGCUGACACACACUGGUAAAGGAUUCCACUGGCAGGUAGCUGACACACACUGGUAAAGGAUUCCACUGGCAGGUAGCUGACACACACUGGUAAAGGAUUCCACUGGCAGGUAGCUGACACACACUGGUAAAGGAUUCCACUGGCAGGUAGCUGGCACACACUGGUAAAGGAUUCCACUGGCAGGUAGCUGACACACACUGGUAAAGGAUUCCACUGGCAGGUAGCUGACACACACUGGUAAAGGAUUCCACUGGCAGGUAGCUGACACACACUGGUAAAGGAUUCCACUGGCAGGCACACACUGGUAAAGGAUUCCACUGGCAGGUAGACACUGGUAAAGGAUUCCACUGGCAGGUAGCUGGCACACACUGGGAAAGGAUUCCACUGGCAGGUAGCUGACACACACUGGUAAAGAUUCCACUGGCAGGUAAGCUGACACACACUGGUAAAGGAUUCCACUGGCAGGUAGACACUGGUAAAGGAUUCCACUGGCAGGUAGACACUGGUAAAGGAUUCCACUGGCAGGUAGCUGGCACACACUGGUAAAGGAUUCCACUGGCAGGUAGACACUGGUAAAGGAUUCCACUGGCAGGUAGCUGACACACACUGGUAAAGGAUUCCACUGGCAGGUAGCUGACACACACUGGUAAAGGAUUCCACUGGCAGGUAGCUGACACACACUGGUAAAGGAUUCCACUGGCAGGUAGCUGACACACACUGGUAAAGGAUUCCACUGGCAGGUAGCUGACACACACUGGUAAAGGAUUCCACUGGCAGGUAGCUGACACACACUGGUAAAGGAUUCCACUGGCAGGUAGCUGGCACACACUGGGAAAGGAUUCCACUGGCAGGUAGCUGACACACACUGGUAAAGGAUUCCACUGGCAGGUAGACACUGGUAAAGGAUUCCACUGGCAGGUAGCUGGCACACACUGGGAAAGGAUUCCACUGGCAGGUAGCUGACACACACUGGGAAAGGAUUCCACUGGCAGGUAGCUGACACACACUGGUAAAGGAUUCCACUGGCAGGUAGACACUGGUAAAGGAUUCCACUGGCAGGCACACACUGGUAAAGGAUUCCACUGGCAGGUAGCUGGCACACACUGGGAAAGGAUUCCACUGGCAGGUAGCUGGCACACACUGGUAAAGGAUUCCACUGGCAGGUAGCUGACACACACUGGGAAAGGAUUCCACUGGCAGGUAGCUGGCACACACUGGUAAAGGAUUCCACUGGCAGGUAGCUGACACACACUGGUAAAGGAUUCCACUGGCAGGUAGCUGACACACACUGGUAAAGGAUUCCACUGGCAGGUAGACACUGGUAAAGGAUUCCACUGGCAGGUAGCUGGCACACACUGGGAAAGGAUUCCACUGGCAGGUAGACACUGGUAAAGGAUUCCACUGGCAGGUAGACACUGGUAAAGGAUUCCACUGGCAGGUAGCUGACACACACUGGUAAAGGAUUCCACUGGCAGGUAGCUGACACACUGGUAAAGGAUUCCACUGGCAGGUAGCUGGCACACACUGGUAAAGGAUUCCACUGGCAGGUAGACACUGGUAAAGGAUUCCACUGGCAGGUAGACACUGGUAAAGGAUUCCACUGGCAGGUAGCUGACACACACUGGUAAAGGAUUCCACUGGCAGGUAGCUGACACACACUGGUAAAGGAUUCCACUGGCAGGUAGCUGACACACACUGGUAAAGGAUUCCACUGGCAGGUAGACACUGGUAAAGGAUUCCACUGGCAGGUAGACACUGGUAAUGGAUUCCACUGGCAGGUAGACACUGGUAAAGGAUUCCACUGGCAGGUAGACACUGGUAAAGGAUUCCACUGGCAGGUAGCUGACACACACUGGUAAAGGAUUCCACUGGCAGGUAGCUGACACACACUGGUAAAGGAUUCCACUGGCAGGUAGCUGACACACACUGGUAAAGGAUUCCACUGGCAGGUAGCUGACACACACUGGUAAAGGAUUCCACUGGCAGGUAGCUGACACACACUGGUAAAGGAUUCCACUGGCAGGUAGCUGACACACACUGGUAAAGGAUUCCAGCUGGCAGGUAGACACUGGUAAAGGAUUCCAGCUGUCAGGUAGACACUGGAAGAAGGUUUCCAGCUGGCAGGUAGACACUGGAAGAAGGUUUCCAGCUGGCAGGUAGGCACUGGAAGAAGGUUUCCAGCUGGCAGGUAGACACUGGAAGAAGGUUUCCAGCUGGCAGGUAGACACUGGAAGAAGGUUUCCAGCUGGCAGGUAGACACUGGAAGAAGGAUUCCACUGGCAGGUAGACACUGGUAAAGGAUUCCAGCUGGCAGGUAGACACUGGAAGAAGGUUUCCAGCUGGCAGGUAGACACUGGAAGAACGUUUCCAGCUGGCAGGUAGACACUGGAAGAAGGUUUCCAGCUGGCAGGUAGACACUGGAAGAAGGUUUCCAGCUGGCAGGUAGACACUGGAAGAAGGUUUCCAGCUGGCAGGUAGACACUGGAAGAAGGUUUCCAGCUGGCAGGUAGACACUGGAAGAAGGUUUCCAGCUGGCAGGUAGACACUGGAAGAAGGUUCUGGGUGACAGAGUGAGAGCUUUGCAUAGGCGCUUUGUUGUGCAGAGACAGAGGGAGGGGGGAGAUGGGAGAUACUGCCAGCAGGAAAACACCAUAUUUUCAAUUGGCAAUAAAUAGUAAUAAAUGAAAUAUGCUAUCAUGUGUAUAUAUCAGCACAUUAAUUUUACAAUUUUAUGAUCACUUAUCUGAGAAGGUACUAACAGUAAUACAUGUGUUUAUCUGAGAAGGUACUAACAGUAAUACAUGUGUUUAUCUGAGAAGGUACUAACAGUAAUACAUGUGUUUAUCUGAGAAGGUACUAACAGUAAUACAUGUGUUUAUCUGAGAAGGUACUAACAGUAAUACAUGUGUUUAUCUGAGAAGGUACUAACAGUAAUACAUGUGUUUAUCUGAGAAGGUACUAACAGUAAUACAUGUGUUUAUCUGAGGGUCGCCUCGACACCUUUUUUUUUUUGUUGCAACUUUGAAAUUGGCCACUAGUGGGAAUUAACACACAGUGGGAACUAACACAGAACUGUCAAUAACUUUAUAAUAAAACAUCUGAUUGGCUUAGAAUAAAAAACUGUUAUGAUAUAACAACCAGAUGAAUUAGUUGAAACAUUCAACAGCAGAAUUUUCUUCUUUUUUAUCCAAAGACUGAGGUGGGCUUAAUGGGGUACGCAUACCCUAUAAGUCAUUGACUGACUCUCUCUCUCUCUCUCUCUCUCUUGCUCUCUCCAUCUCUCUCUCUCUCCAUCUCCCUCCAUCUCCCUCUGUCUCUCUGUGUCUCUCUCUCUCUCUGUCUCUCUCUCUCUCUCUCUCUCUGUCUCUGUCUCUGUCUCUGUCUCUGUCUCUCUUUCUCUCUCUCUCUCAGAGAUUGGAGCCCUCUGUGACCUAGAGACCCUGGAUGUCAGUAGAAAUGUGUUGGUGUGUCUUCCAGAGCGGCUGCACCAGUGUCUGUCUCUCCAGUGUCUCACUGCUGACAGGAACAACCUGACCAGCUUCCCCAGACAGCUCUGCCAGCUCCGCAGCCUCAACGAGCUCAGUAUGGCUGCUAACCAACUCACCUCUCUACCCCUAGGUUAG